CUGGUCUGAUAAGAAGUAAAUCAGCUGCAUAAGAGAAUUUUUAACAUCUCAAGAUGGGCAGUGGAGCCAGUUCAGAGAGCAAGGACUCAGCCAGGAGAUCCAGAGAACUGGAAAAGAAACUCCAGGAAGAUGCAGAGAGGGAAGCCAGGACAGUCAAACUACUACUGUUGGGUGCUGGAGAGUCAGGAAAGAGCACUAUUGUAAAGCAAAUGAAAAUCAUCCAUAAAGACGGCUUCACCUACGAGGAACGCAUGGAGUUCAGACACAUCAUUUACAGUAACACAGUGCAGUCUAUCCUGGCCAUUGUGAAAGCAAUGACUAAGUUAGGAAUCAGUUAUGAAAACCCUGAUAGAAUUGAAGACGAAAAGAAGCUGUGUGCCAUGGCAACAGCUCUGGAGGAUGGCAGCAUGUCUUCUGAGCUGGUGGAGCUCAUCAAGCAGCUGUGGCGCGACGGUGGCACCCAGGCCUGCUUCGCGAGGGCAGCGGAGUACCAGCUCAGCGACUCCGCGGCAUAUUACCUCAAUGAUUUGGACAGGUUGGCAAUGCCAGACUAUGUCCCUACUGAGCAAGAUGUCCUGCACUCCCGAGUGCAGACAACUGGGAUUAUAGAGACUCAGUUUUCUUUCAAGGAUUUAAAUUUCAGGAUGUUUGAUGUGGGUGGACAACGAUCGGAAAGAAAAAAGUGGAUUCACUGCUUUGAAGGAGUUACUUGCAUCAUAUUCUGUGCUGCACUCAGUGCCUAUGACAUGGUUCUGGUGGAAGAUAAAGAAGUGAACAGAAUGCAUGAAAGCCUUCAUCUGUUCAACAGUAUCUGCAACCAUAAGUGCUUUGCAGCCACUUCCAUUGUGCUGUUCCUGAACAAAAAAGAUCUCUUUCAAGAGAAAAUAACAAAAGUUCACCUGAAUAUCUGCUUUCCUGAGUAUAAUGGACAAAAUACAUUUGAAGAUGCUGCAAACUACAUCAAGAAACAAUUUCUAGACUUGAACAUAAGGAAACAAGAUAAAGAGAUAUAUUGUCACUUGACCUGUGCCACAGACACUCAGAAUGUCAAAUUUGUAUUUGAUGCAGUCACAGACAUAAUAAUCAAAGAAAAUCUGAAAGACUGUGGGCUUUUCUAACCAUUCAUUUUCUUGCUCAGAGUUUCAGUCCACUUUUUUCUCUUCAUCUGAUGUGCUGACUGAAUAAAAAAAAUCCUCUAGGUAAGAAGCUGUAUCAGUUAGGCACCUGUUAGUAUCAGUGGAGUUCUGGGUUCUGCCUAAGCAUUGCAGACCAACACGGAUCUUCCAGAUAUCAUAGGGAGAUUUAAAAAAAAACUUCCUGUUCUACAAAGAUGACAGCUGCUAAUAAACCCUGCUGGAAUCAAAGUCACAAUCCUAUUUAAAUCAGGAUCACAGAGUCAUAGAAUUCUUUGCUUUGGAAGAGACUUUAAAGAUCAUCUAGUUCCAACCCCCAUGCCACAGGCAGAGAUGUCUUCCACUAGACCAGCAAUCAGCACUUCUCAGGAGACUGGGAACACCUCAAUGCCCUGUGUCUUCUAGUGAUAGAAUGAAAAAAAUUUAUAAUGAGGUCUAAAGAAAAUUAUAGCUUUAAACAGUAUCAAUACAUAAUUUACAUUUUGCUUUGUAUUCAUGUUAUAUAAACAACUGAAAGUGACAUGCCAUUAUUCAGCAAAAGCAAACCUCCCAGACUUAGAUGGUGUAUGAUGAAAAGCAGCGCAAAUCUGAAUAUUUAAUUAUAUUGUUUCAUUAGAAGAGCUGAGGGGCAUAUGCACAAAACUGCACACAUACAAAGUUGACAAAAUUCCCAGAAAAAUUAAACACAGUAAGAUGGAGGCAAGUUUUGUAA